CCUCUUCACAUCUUCCUCGUGCCGCCACGUGGCAAUUUAGCCAAUCAUCAUCGUGUGGCGCCCAGGGAGUUGAGAAGAGAUAACGAUUUGUUGUGUUGUUGAUCACUCGGUCUAUAAAUCUCUCUGUUUCUCGACCACGCCAGCAACUAUCUAUCACUGUUUCUUCUCUGAACAAACUCUCUCUCUCUCUCUCUCUUUAGCUUCUUGUGUGACGCACACUCGUGAGAAAUGGCCGCCGCAGUAUCACCAGUCUUGAGCUUGAACGGGUCGGGAGCAGUAGCUGCUUCAGUCCCAGCUACAACCUUCCUGGGAAAGAAAGUUGUAACAUCAUCAAGAUUCUCCCAAAGCAACAAGAAGAGCAACGGAUCAUCAUUCAAGGUGGUUGCUGUGAAAGAAGACAAACAAACCGAUGGAGACAGAUGGAGGGGACUUGCCUACGACACAUCUGAUGACCAACAAGACAUCACCAGAGGCAAAGGUAUGGUUGACUCUGUCUUCCAAGCUCCUAUGGGAACCGGAACUCACAACGCCGUGCUUAGCUCCUAUGAGUACAUCAGCCAGGGUCUUAAGCAGUACAACUUGGACAACAUGAUGGAUGGGCUUUACAUUGCUCCGGCUUUCAUGGACAAGCUUGUUGUUCACAUCACCAAGAACUUCUUGACCUUGCCUAACAUCAAGGUUCCACUUAUUUUGGGUAUUUGGGGAGGCAAAGGUCAAGGUAAAUCCUUCCAGUGUGAGCUUGUCAUGGCCAAGAUGGGCAUCAACCCAAUCAUGAUGAGUGCUGGAGAGCUUGAGAGCGGGAACGCAGGAGAACCAGCCAAACUUAUCCGUCAAAGGUACCGUGAAGCAGCCGACAUGAUCAAGAAAGGAAAGAUGUGUGUUCUCUUCAUCAACGAUCUUGACGCUGGUGCUGGCCGUAUGGGUGGCACAACUCAGUACACAGUCAACAACCAGAUGGUUAACGCAACGCUCAUGAACAUUGCUGACAACCCCACCAACGUCCAGCUACCAGGAAUGUACAACAAGGAAGAAAACGCGCGUGUUCCCAUCAUUGUCACUGGUAACGAUUUCUCCACUCUCUACGCUCCUCUCAUCCGUGAUGGACGUAUGGAGAAGUUCUACUGGGCGCCGACUCGUGAAGACCGUAUUGGUGUCUGCAAGGGUAUCUUCAGAACUGACAAGAUCAAGGAUGAAGAUAUUGUCAAGCUUGUUGAUCAGUUCCCUGGCCAAUCCAUUGAUUUCUUCGGUGCCUUGAGGGCUAGAGUGUACGAUGAUGAAGUGAGGAAGUUUGUUGAAGGACUCGGAGUGGAGAAGAUAGGGAAGAGGCUGGUGAACUCGAGGGAAGGUCCUCCAAAGUUUGAGCAACCAGAGAUGACACUUGAUAAGCUUAUGGAGUAUGGAAACAUGCUUGUGAUGGAACAAGAGAACGUCAAGAGAGUCCAACUUGCUGACCAAUACCUUAACGAGGCUGCUUUGGGAGACGCAAACGCGGACGCUAUCGGCCGCGGAACUUUCUACGGAAAAGCAGCACAGCAAGUGAACCUUCCUGUGCCAGAAGGGUGUACUGAUCCUGCGGCUAAGAACUUUGAUCCAACGGCUAGAAGUGACGAUGGAACUUGUGUCUACAACUUUUGAGCUUUCUUUUACUUAUAAUUAAUCUGUACUCUUUUUUUUUUUGCCUUCUGUGUAAUUGGGAAUUGGUGGUUCUUGCCUCUUUUGUUGCUCUUUAAUUUUAUGAUCAUGUGCAAAAAUAUUCAUAUAUCAAAAUUUGCCUUCUCAUAAAAAAAACAUUUCUCAA